AUGGACAAGACUUAUGCAGACCCUAACAUGGAAAAUGAUAAUACAGAGCACAUCAGAGGGAAGCGACUGUCCUCUAUUUUAAAGGCUCCGAGAAAUCCUCUCGAUGAUCUGGGAAAUGGGAAUGAAUUGACGCAGGAUAUCAAUGUAGAAAAACGCAGGAAGAACUCUCGCCGUGUCAGCUUUGCGAACACCAUAAACUGCAGAGUCUUCCAGCGAGAUCUUAAGAAUAACACGGCAGAGACAGAAAGUACAGAAUGUGCAGCAGAUACGAGGAAUGAUGUCCUGCUUAAUCAAAAUGAAGAACCUGAAGCUGUUCCGUGUGAGAUCACUGGGAUGAACACUUUGCUUCAUGCCCCUAUCCAGGCAUUGGUGCAGCAGACUGAGUGGCAUGAUGCGGACAACGCCAUUCAAAGAACAAAUAGGCAUGACACCACCCUCAUCUUUUCAGAUGAAAAUGAAAUGGAUAUGACAGCUAGUCACACUGCAGUGAUUACACGUAACCUGAAAAACAGUCAAGCUGACAAAACUGAGAAAAUAGAUAUCACAUCAUUUCUGGCUGGGUUAAACUCUAACAAUGGAAAGGCAGAAAUAAGCAAAGGAUUCCAUUUUUUCUCUGACCCUACAAAGCAUUCAUGCCCAUCUUUUGAACAGAAAGAAGAUGCUACUACUGUAAAAAAAAUAGAUUUCAAUGAAUUUUUGAUGAGCUUGAAGUCAAGCAAAAAGGCACUCAAUCCUAUUGAGGGACCUGAAAAAGAGAAUGUUUUCUUUGUCCCUUCACAAGUCUCAGAAGACAGGGCACGAUCAUCGGUGGAAUUUGUAUAUUCCCACGAACCACUGGACACCUGCAAUGUAACAAAAGUCUUUAGAGGGCAAGAUGAUGGAAUGGAAAUGACAAAAUGCCAGGCAUCUGAUGUUAAAGCUAUGUUUUCUGGUAUUCAUGAGGCUCCACCAGAGCAAUUACUGUGUGCAGAUGUUACUGAGGCAUUCGUAGAUGAUGGAAUGGAUAUGACAACUAGUCACACUGCAAAAAUGUCUUUUCCCUUCUCCAGUGUCGGGAAUCAAAGUCUAAAUUUCAAAAAGGAUUUCCCAUCCACAGAGUUAGAUAAUUCUAUAUUAAAGAGAGCCUCUAAUCAGCACUUAAUUGUUCAGCAGGACACUCAACUUUGUACAGACAAAAAAAUAGUAAGUGUUGAAGACAGACGAGAUCCUCCAGUGCUGCGAACUGUUAAACAAGAGGCCAGAACAAUGUCUGCCAUCCCAGGAUCCGUUUCUUCUGAGACUGUCUUCCGAGGUGAUAAAACUGUUGUUUUUUCUAAAUGUGAUGACAUGGAAAUUACUGGGAAUUAUACAGAUGUAAUCUGUAAUGACAGUUCCAAAGAAAUGAACAGUUCAUGUCAUAAAACUUUUGAAAAGCCAGUUAAUACAAACUCUUUGCUAGCAGAAAACAGAUGUCCAGCACAUGGUGACAGGGACAUUACAAAGAGUCUAACAUCUUCAGAUAAUCGAGCUUCUGUGUCCUAUAAAAAUAGUGCACUUGAACUAUCUUCGGGCUCAGAUGAACAAAUCAAAAAAGUGAUCCAAGGUCACGGGACUGCCUCAGGGAAUGUUGGUUUUGAUUCAUGUACAAAUUCAGCGUCAACUGGUGUUUCUAAGAGUAGACUUCAGCACAGGCUAGCAAACUCUCAACUUACUUCUCUGCCAGAUGAGAAGACAGUAAUAUUCUCAGGAGAAGAUAUGGACUUGACCAAAACCUGUGUUGUCAAGGAUGAUGGAAAGAAUGUUGACAAUGAAUCUCCUGCUGGAGUGUUCACCUCUGUCACCUGCAAACCUCAUUUUCUUGAUAACAGAUCUACAUCUCCCAAAUCAAAUGAACAGGAAGAAAUGGAAAUAACUAAAUGCCAUGCUGUUGUCAUCGAUGAUCAAAGCAAUGGGAUAACUGCAGAAGCAAAACAAAUGCAUUGUAAAAUAAUUCCAAGAAAGAACCAGAUCAAAAAUGUCAGUGAAGGUGCACAUUCUUUAGAUAUGGACAAGGAAAAUCUUGAGGUGAUCAGUAUCAAUGGGGAUAUUAAAAGAAGCCAGGCUAUAGAAAUGAAUACUAAAGAUCUUGAGGUGAUAAUGGUGGAUAAGAAGCUUGGAAAAACAAACUUUCAGGCAAGUGGUCCAAGUUCCUGUGCAAAGAGCGUGUGCUUAUUACAGCAGCAAAAGAGAGAAGUCCCCGAGAAUAUUGUCACCGACACCUGUGCAUUCGUGUCUUUGAAAAGUCAAAAAGUUGUUGUAUCACAACCUUUGGAAAAAAACCUUCUAAACGCUUCCGUUUCCUGCACAAAUGACAAAAUGGGCAUGUUUUCAGAUGAUCAAAACAUGGACAUAACCAAAACUCAUCCUGCUGCCUUUGAUGUUGCUCCUAUUAAUACAGUACAGGAAUACAAGAAUAAUCAUAAUCAAAAUAAUGUGCUACCCAAGCAGCUGGAAAACCAGACCUUCCAGCUUUCUGGUAGUUCUGGUAUAGAUAUUGCAAGUCAGACCGCAGCAAUAGAAUGUGGGGAUUUGAAAAUGAACACACAUAAGCAAAUUGUUACUCCUUUGGCUCCAAAUGGUUCAUGUAUUUCCAGUAAUGAGCCUGCUCCCUCUGGAAUGAAAGGAAAUGAACAUCUUGGAACAAUAUUAGGAAUAAAUGCAGAUUGCCGGAACUCAGACAGGCAAGAGAAAACCCAUACUAUGAAGGUAGUAAACAAAGUAUUGCCAACUCGAAUAGAUGCUGAGAGAGAUUUUUCAAUUGGUAAAACAGGUUCUUCAGAAGAGGAUUUUAAAAACCCUCACUCAGUUGAUGGCCUGCACUUGGGGGGUGCUGAAGAGCCGUUAGUAGCCAAUACAUCUGAACCACAUAAGGGAAGUUCCCAAUUAACUCCGUUUUUAGAAAAGUCGGUUGUGUUUCCCUCUGGUGAAAACAUGGACUUGACUGGAAUCUGUGCGGUAAUGGUUCCUGAUCACAACAUCAAUGCCGUUUCAUCAGAAAGAAAAGAACUGCCUGGAUACCUUGUUCAAGAUGAAAAUAAAAUAAUGUCCUUAAAAAAAGGGGUCAUGAUGACAAUAAAUAGUCAGGAGCAGCCUGCGUGCGAUGUCAAAACCGUCGUUUUCACUUUGGCUGAGGAUAUGGAGAUCACUAAAACUCAUACAGCUGUAUUAAGUGGUGAAAUUGAUGUACAGGACAGAGAGUCCAUUCCAGCCAUUUCUGCAGCUCCUGCUGAUAAAACCAUUGUGUUUACCCACAACCAAGAUGAUAUGGAAAUAACCGCAUCCCAUACGAUUGCUGUUAAUAACAAUAUUAAUGGAUUUGAGAACCAAGAAGUGUCACAUAAAAGCACUCAGCAACCAGACUUGCAUAGCGCGUUGUUGUCUUCUUGCAGAGAUGAAAUAGAUUCCUCACAUACAAAAGACCUGAAUGGUGAAUAUCAUACAAAAUCUAAGGAUGAACCCAGCGUUCCCUCUUCUGCUUCAUCAGCCUCAGCAUUUCCUAGUGAGAAAGGAGCUAUGAAAGCCUCCAGUGGCACAACACCAGAUUCCAUUUAUUCUGCCUCACUUCCAGAAGAGAGUAUGGAUGUGCAGGCACCACAGGAUCUUGACCUUCCCAUGGAUAAUUCUGUUCCUAUAAACAGACAGCAGGAUCUCACACCUCCAGAAAAACUGAAAUCAAAGAGAGUAUCUUUCAAGCUUCCAAGUAAUGGGCCCAUGGAUUGCAGUGAAGAAAGUGGCGAUUUGGUAUCCUGUGUUUCACUUCCCAUCCAGCAACCAGAUUCCUUGACGGGCUCUCUGGAUGCACGUAGUACUGGGAGAAACCAAGUGUCGAAAGAUGAUUUAUCUAGACAUGAAGAUUUAGCUACAGAUUUAGGCUUGGCAGGAGCAAGCCUUGUUCCAGUUUCUAACAAGGAAUCAAAGGAAAACGAGGGGCUGUCAGCUGAAGGGGAGACACCUCCAAAAGACUUUCAAACAAACUCUGAACAAGCUAAGCAACUUUUGGCCAGUGACAGUCCAAGAGAUCAAAUAGAUCCCACUCUUGCACCUGAAUUAUCAGGUAUUUUAAAUGUUUGUUCAAAGCUGAAAAAUAUUAGAAGGAAAUCUGCAGUUCUCUCCAUUUCUGAAACUGCUUUUUCUGACCAGUUGCUGAAAUCAUCAACUCAGCCAGAGGAUACCUUGAGGUUAGGAAAAAAUACUAAUAAUUCGUUUUAUACCAAAGAGCAGGAGAACACAUGUGUUGAAUCUGGAGCUGCUCCCAUAGAUGCAAAUUUAGACAUGGCAUUUAAGGAUAAAUAUCAAGGAAUAAAUGUCCCUCUAGGUAUCUUCCAGCCUCGAUUACCGAACAGAAGAAAUCCUUCUGUUUCUAGUGUACAAGAUAUAAAUGCAAAACGGUCAGACAAAGGAGAAGCACCAGUUUCAGAAGUGAGCAUAAACGCUGGUGAAACCCCAGGUAACAAGAAGUCUAAUAGGCAGAAUUUCAGCCCUUCUCAGUUCAUAGCAGAAGAAUUUCUUCCUGUCUGCCUAGAAGAAAUGGAUUCAAAUGAAUCUGUAAGCUCUGAAUUCGUGGAAAAUGCUUGCAAUGAGAUAAGCAAAAAACAAAUCUCCCACAAUGAAAAGAAUCAAUUUGAAGAGACAAAAACUUGCAACAACACAAAAAGAGCUUUGGGACAACAUGAGGAGGAUCUUCAAAGUCCAAAGAAGCUCAAGAGGGAUGAAAACUUGGAUGGUGAGGCCUCCCAAGACUUGCAGGUUACUUUUGGUGCUGUGUCUCAAAGCCAAGUAGAAGUUCAUGAAGGUGAAGAUCCUCCAAAUCUAUCAGCUAAAAGUCCUGAUGGUACUCACGCCAGCACCAGCAGCUCUCUGGAUUCUGUUAAGGCUGACACAGAAUUAACAAUUCAGCGAAGCAGUCAGAUGGAGUCUCAGCUUCUCACAGAUAGCAUUUGUGAAGAUAACUUACGGGAGAAAUUUCAGAAUGGUGUUAUCACCGUUGGGGAAUUUUUUACACUUCUUCAAGUCCAUGUUCCAAUUCAGAAGCCCCGGCGUAGCCAUCUUCCAGCCAGUUGUGCAGUCAGUGCACCACCUACUCCAGAAGACCUCCUUUACAGCCAAUAUAUUUAUCGCCCCAAGCUGCGUAUUUAUGAAGAAGAUUGCCAGGCCCUUUCUCAGAUGAUAGAUGAGUUAAAACCGUAUGCAAACGUCCAGGAUCAACUCCUGGUGAAUGUGAAUAAGAGUUUGUGGGAAGUAAUGAGAACCUGCUCUGAUGAAGAGCUGAAGAGCUUUGGAGCAGAAUUGAACAAAAUGAAAUCCUAUUUCACCAAGGAGAGUAAAAUCUUGGCUCACAAUGAGAAAGUGACAUUGUACGGCAAAUUGCUGCAGAGCGCACAGGAACAACACGGAAAGCUACAGUCAAGAAUGGAAAAGGUGGAUGAAUUGCUUAAGGAGGCAGAGAGCUGUCUUGUUGCUCUGGAAGCAGAUUCUGACUGGGAAGAAUGGGGAGCGGAUUGCAGUGGUGAAAUGGCAGAAGGGAAAAACCUAGAGAAAGAAUUGGAAAGCAUCAAAGCCGAAGAAGAGGAACUCCAAAGAGAACUGUCAGAUCUGGAGACUCAGAAUGAGCAAAUGCUUGCUCAGAUGAACCAGCUAAAGGAAAAAGAAACAAGCUGCCAGGAACUCCUGGAGAGAUACGACUUCACUGAGUGGGAGAUUACAGAAUGGAGUGAACAGCAGGCAGUCUUUAAUUUUCUUUAUGAUUCUGUUGAACUCACAGUUGUGUUUGGACCCCCAAUAGAUGGUGAUGUUUUUGGUGAAGAUCCUUCCAGAAGGAUAGUUAGCCUGAACUUUGAAUCUCUCUUGGAUGAGGAAAAAGCUCCACCCUCCUCACGUUUAGUCCGAAAACUCAUCUUCCAGUUUAUUGAAAGUCAGGGAUGCUGGCAGGAAAAGUGUCCCACACUGCACUACUUGCCCCAGGUUCUUCAUGAGGUCUCUUUGGUGGUGAGUCGUUGCAAGACCUUAGGAGAGGAGAUUGAAUUUCUGGAGAGAUGGGGUGGAAAAUUUAAUCUUCUGAAGACAGAUAUCAAUGACACAAAAGUGAAGCUUUUGUUCUCCGCUUCCACAGCUUUUGCAAAGUUUGAGUUGACCCUGUCUCUAUCUGCCAACUACCCAUCUGCUUCACUGCCUUUUACUGUCCAAAAACAAAUUGGGAAUAUUGGGGAGGAGGAGAUUUCUGCUGUUCUCUCCAACGUACCAAUUGGUUACCACUAUCUGCGGAGAAUAGUCAGCUUGAUUCAUCAAAAUUUGCUCCAGGAUCCCAGAUGAUUCAUGAGAUCCACAUGCAGGACUGAAGAAGUCAGGCUGGAUAUUCUUUGAUUUUAGUCUUGUAAGAAUUCAAGCUGUCUCUCACCAGAAUGGGAGUGC